CGAUGGCUGAGUGCUUCUUCUCGAUCAGCACCAGUUUCUGUUCUCAUCCUCAUUCUUAAGCACCAGCUUUCUUCCUCGUUCUUAAGCAUGACAUUAGAUAGCAAGUUUUAAGUGUUGUCGAUUAUCCAAAAAUUGUUAGCAUGUUGAAGAGAAGCACAUCAAAGAUGAGGAAUUCAAAGUGUAAUAGAAUUUUGGUGUCUGUCAAUGUGGUUGGGAGCACAGGACCCAUUAGGUUCGUGGCAAAUGAAGAUGAUUUGGUUUGUGAGGUGAUGAAGACCACUCUUACAUCAUAUGCUCGCCUAGCUCGUCUACCUACUCUUGGAACUAAUGUUGAUAACUUCGUUCUCUAUUGCGUUAACGAUGGAAUGGAUGCUCUAAGCCUUAGGGAAGCCAUUGGAGCAAAGCAAGUUAGGCACUUUUUGCUAUGUAGGAAGGAAGGGACUUCACAUGCAUCCUUGCCUAAAGAAAAUGGGAAAAAUAAUUGGAAGACAUGGCUAACCAAGUCUUUACUUACCACGUACAAUAUUAUUGCACGUUGAAAAAGUUGUCUGAUGAAAAACAACGAUCGAUCGACGUGUGUUAUAAAUAAUAUAAUUCGGUCGUGUUUUUCGUUAUAGAAGAUGAAGUCAUAUAAUGAAUAAAGUUUCUCACUCUA